AUGGAUUCACGUAACAACGCUGUUGAUUCUGUAUCAGAGGUUCAGAAUUCGGUUUCUAGGGUACCUGCGGUACCGGUACGCCACAGUCUUCCUUUAACAUCAGGGAUUCCGCGUCCUUCGCGGCCUCCCUUAUACAGAAAUAAUCAUGGAGCUUCUUCUUCUUCCGCAUCCUUUUUGGAACAUCGGCAUUGUCGAAAUAAUUAUGGAACGAAGAAUAUUCACCAUCAAAAUUGUUAUGCAGUUAAUCGAAAGCAUUCAUAUCAAGAUAGAAAAUUAUGCAGCAAGCAACUGUUUGAUGAUGGUUCCAAGAAUUGUGAGUCGUGUUCUGUAGUAUUAGAAUCCGACAAUUGUAUCUUAGUUACAUCGAAACGAGAUGUUGGUAAUCAACCGAAAAAUUGCCAUUGUCAGUCAGAGAUUAGUUUUUCUCAUAGUCCUCAAAAUAGUUUACAUUCGACCACCUAUUCGGAAGCGAAACAAAGUUUCACCAAUACUGAAGUCAGUGAGUGUGUUAGUGUUGAUGAUAAUGAGUCCUGCGAAAGCGGAGAAGUUUCGAAUUCGUGUGAUUUUAUUGAAAGUACGAAAACCAGCAUCUAUAGAGCGAGUACAGUAAGUGAUGUUAGCGACGAAAGCAGCACGAGUAGUUUGAGUAGUGCUGUGUAUAAACCUCAUAAGGCGAAUGAUAUAAGAUGGGAAGCGAUUCAAGCUGUGCGAGCAAGCGUCGGGGUGUUGGAAAUGAGGCAUUUUAGGUUGAUGAAGAAAUUGGGAUGUGGAGAUAUAGGAAAUGUAUAUCUAGCUGAACUGAGUGGCACAGGGACUUGUUUUGCUAUGAAACUCAUGAAUAAAACCAAGCUCGCAAGUCGGAAGAAGCUUGUAAGAGCUCAAACGGAGAGAGAGAUAUUGCAGUCUUUAGAUCACCCUUUUUUACCAACAUUAUAUACGCAUUUCGAGACUGAGAGAAUCUCUUGCUUGGUAAUGGAGUUUUGUCCUGGUGGCGACCUUUAUUCAAUCAGGCAAAGACAGCCUGGGAAGUAUUUCUCGGAGCAUGCUGUCAGGUUUUAUGUGGCAGAAGUUCUCCUUGCUUUGGAGUACUUACACAUGCUUGGAAUCAUCUAUAGAGACCUUAAACCUGAGAAUGUAUUGGUUAGAGAAGACGGUCAUAUAAUGCUUUCGGAUUUCGAUCUCUCUUUAAGGUGUACCGUCAGUCCAACUCUCGUGAACUUGUCAAACCCGAUCGUUGAAACGAAAAGAUCAGGAUACUGCAUUCAGCCAAGAUGUGCAAUGCAGCCAGACUGCAUCCAACCUGCAUGCUUUUCGCCGCGGUUUCUAUCCAGUAAAUCCAGGAAAGAGAGAAAAUUCAGGCCAAAGAAUGACAUGCAUCACCAGGUGACACCUCUCCCUGAGCUAAUGGCUGAACCAACAAGUGCACGAUCGAUGUCCUUUGUAGGCACGCACGAGUACUUGGCACCUGAAAUUAUUAAAGGCGAAGGACACGGAAGUGCUGUGGAUUGGUGGACGUUUGGUAUAUUCUUAUACGAACUCUUGUUUGGUCGAACACCGUUCAAAGGCUCUGCAAACCGAGCGACGCUGUUCAAUGUAGUCGGGCAGCCUUUAAGGUUUCCAGAAUCUCCUACUGUCAGCUUUGCAGCAAGGGAUUUGAUCAGAGGCUUGCUGGUGAAAGAGCCUCAACACCGUCUUGCCUAUAGACGUGGAGCAACCGAAAUCAAACAGCAUCCGUUUUUUCAUAAUGUGAACUGGGCGCUGAUCCGUUGUGCUAAUCCGCCCGAGGUACCGAGAGACACCAUGAUGAUGAAACCAAGUUCAACUGAAAAUGAAGUUGGUAUGAACCCUUCUAGUAAUUAUUUAGAUGUUGAUUUCUUUUGA